AUUUAUUUAGAAGUGAGAGAGUGGGAUCCGAAAAGGGGAUGGAAAAGCUGACACAAAAGUCAAAAUCUCAUAACCGCCUAGGAAGGCAUGAAUGUCUUGCAUUUCCGAAUACCGACUGAUUGAUGUUGACUUAUUUAUCUUUAUACAGCCGAUAGAUAGAUUCUCCGUCUUUGAAUUCACCAAGAACUGUAUUCUCUUUUACGAUUCAUAUAUUCUCCGCCCUGCUCUAAAUCUACGCUAUCUUUACUGGAAUGCGGAAGCUGAAUGUUUGAACCAAAUUAUUAAAUUCUCUGUCGAGGUCAGUUGGUGAUUUCUGUUCUCCGGGAGUUUUAUUGCGUUAUUAUCUGGUUCCGGAGCAGAUUCGCUGCUUAAUUUACAGAAUAGGUGUGCUCCGAAGCAGAUUAGCAGCACAAUUUGUGGAAUAAUGUUUAGGUUUAGGUCUUUCAUAUGAUGGGAGGGUUUACCAAUCAACAAUAGUUAAAUGGAUAGGAACAUGUGGCAGUGCUAGAGGCUUUGCAAUUUGCCAAGCAUAUUCAUGGCAUCUGCUGGCCCUGGCCAUGGAGGCGCAGGGAGUUCUAAGAACACUAAUGGAUUCACAAGUUCAACUACUUCACUUGAUUGGUUGGCAAGGGAAAUGCUUCAGAUGAGAUUGAAGGACACAGUGGACCUUGAUGAUGAUAGGGAUAGUGAGCUGGAGACGAUUGAGGGUGUAGGUGUAGAAAUUGGACAUGUUAUUCGAACUACUAUUGGUGGUCGAAAUGGCCGAUCUAGGCAGAAUGUCAGCUACAAAGCUGAACGUGUGAUAGGAACAGGAGCUUUUGGUGUUGUUUUCCAAGCAAAAUACAGAGAAACUGGAGAAACUGUUGCAAUUAAGAAGGUUCUUCAAGAUAAGCGCUAUAAGAACCGAGAGUUGGAGAUAAUGCAGAUGUUAGACCAUCCUAAUAUCGUCGCUCUUAAGCAUUCCUUCUUCUCGACAACAGACAAGGAAGAGCUAUAUCUCAAUCUUGUCCUUGAAUAUGUCCCUGAAACCGUUAACCGUGUUUCUAGGCAGUUCAGCAGAAUGAACCAGCGGAUGCCAUUGAUAUAUGUCAAGCUCUAUACCUAUCAGAUAUGCAGGGCACUGGCUUAUAUCCAUAAAUGUAUUGGCAUUUGCCACCGGGACAUUAAGCCUCAAAAUUUGUUGGUGAACCCACAUACACAUCAGCUGAAAAUUUGUGACUUUGGAAGUGCAAAAGUUUUGGUGGAAGGAGAACCCAAUGUGUCAUACAUUUGUUCACGACAUUAUCGUGCUCCCGAGCUCAUUUUUGGUGCCUCUGAAUAUACAACAGCUGUUGACAUCUGGUCUACGGGUUGUGUCAUGGCAGAAUUACUUCUGGGAAAGCCUUUAUUUCCUGGAGAGAGUGGGGUUGACCAAUUAGUAGAGAUCAUAAAGGUAUUGGGAACACCUACUAGAGAGGAGAUGAAGUGCAUGAACCCAAAUUAUACUGAAUUCAAAUUUCCACAGAUAAAACCUCAUCCAUUGCACAAGAUUUUCCAAAAACAGUUACCUCCAGAUGCAUUUGAUCUGGUUUAUCGUUUUUUCCAGUAUUCUCCACAUUUGAGAUGCACUGCUUUGGAGGCUUGUCUUCAUCCUUUCUUUAAUGAACUGAGAGACCCGCAUACCCGCCUCCCUAAUUCCCUCCCUCUUCCACCGCUCUUCAAUUUCAACUCUCAAGAGCUCUCCGACUUGUCUCCGGAAACUAUUCAUCGACUCAUUCCAGAACACAUUCGUAGACAGAACUGAUUAUAAGCAUGAAAGGUUUCGCUUCCCCCAUCACUUGUUCUUAAGCUUUAGCAGCCUCAUCAACUGGUUUGGUAUCAGCAGAGAAACACUGGAGCGUUGUGCAGAAUGAAGAGAGAGCAGUUUGUUUCGGGUUUUCUGUAUUGUCUUCUUAUUACUAGCUGACUGUAUAUUUUCCUAUCACAUUCUCUCGACUUGAACAUAGAUAUAUAUGCACACAAGGUAUAUUGCUACUUUUUUCAUGAUGUCAUCUUACUUACGGUUUUUCUUUUAUACGUGUAUUAUCAGCUUCCUGGCCAUUCAAACAUAGCUCAUGUCCCCUUUUGGUGCUGCAAAUGCUGUGAUAUUUGAAGCUUUAUGCUUUAUUUUUAAGGGAAGAAGGGAGUCGGGAUGUUGGAUAGGGGUAUUUGAAUUUUCUUAUUAAUUAAUCACAUAAACGAUAGAUACAUCAUACAUGUAAAACUAUAUUUACAUUUUGUACUUGCUAUGUAUAUGCUGUGGUUUUUGUUUUUUAGUUGCUCUUUUAGUUCGUAGAAGAAGGAUGUUGCCGUGGUAGAAAUUGAGUGAAAUUUAGAAAGAAAAAAAACAUUGGGUUUUUAA